AUGUCACUAGUCAACAAACUCUUGACACCAUCAUGUCGAUUGUUAUUUCUGACAAUCAUCUGCUUCCUCCUCUUCCCCACCCACCAACAACUCACCGUUAAAAUUGAUUCUUCCCUCCCAAUCGGCAACCAACUCAACCAAGACAUUUUUGGAGUCAACUACGCACAAGAAGCCAAUUUUCAAUCUGUUAAAUAUACAAUCAAUCGUAAAGGUGGUAAUUCAGAUACUCGUUAUAAUUGGCAACAGAAUAUUCAUAACACGGCUCAGGAUUGGUUUUUCAUGAAUAUUCCAGACGAAAUUGAGAGCGGACAAAUUUUGCCGAAUGGAUCUGCAGCUACAAUGUUUAUGGACACAGCUAAUAAGCAUGGAUCCAAGUUGAUGCUGACUGCUAGUUUGAUUGGUUAUACUCCAUUGGAUGAUCGUUCUAAAAAGUGGGGUUUUUCAGUUGCUAAAUAUGGUAGUCAAUUGGAAACUGAAUGUACUAGAACUGGUUUUCCUAGUUGGUGUAUGGGAGAUGCUGGUAAUGGUAAAAAGACUGGUAAUAUCUAUGUUACUGGAAAUGAUCCAGCAGAAACUUCAAAAGUCAUUGAUGAAAAUUAUGUAGUCAACUGGAUCAAAUACAUGAAAAGUAGAGGAACACCUGUCAAAUUGUGGUCAUUGGAUAAUGAAAUGGACUUGUGGCAUUCCACCCAUCAUGAUGUCCAUCCAAAUCCAAUAACCUACGAUGAAAUGUGGACCUUAACUGAGAAAUAUGCCAAAGCAAUCAAGACAGAAGAUUCCACAAUCAAGACAUUUGGUCCAAAUUCAUGGGGACAUUGCGGAUAUUAUUAUUCCCCUGCAGAUGGUUGUUCCUCUGGUGCUGAUCGUCAAGCUCAUUCCAAUUUACCACUCAUUGAUUAUUACUUGACAAAGGUUUGUGAAUAUAAGAAGAAUACUGGAAUUUUGUUGGUUGACUAUUUGGAUAUUCACUAUUAUCCACAAGCAAGUGGAAUUUAUGAUGACACUCAAACAGCAGAUACGAAUUCAGAUCUUCGUUUGAGAACUGUCAAGAGCUUGUAUGAUUUUAAUUAUGUUGAUGAAAGUUGGAUUACUGAUGCUGAAUCUAAUGGACCACUUUCAAGGGUUGCACUCAUUCCACGUAUGAAAGCAUCCAUUGCCAAGUAUUGUCCAGAGUUGAAGUUGGCCAUUACUGAAUAUAAUUUUGGAGCUGACAAUCUUUGGUCUUCUGCUUUGGCCCAAGUUGAAAUUUUAACCAUUUUUGGUAGAGAAGGAGUUGAUUUGGCAACUCGUUUUACAGUUCCAAAAAGUGGUUCAAUGGUUGAGAAAUCAUUCCAAUUUUUAAUGAAUUAUGACGGAAAGGGAGCUGGCAUUAAUGGAGCCUAUGUCAAUACCACUAGUUCAAAUGUUGACAGUGUUGGAGCUUACUCAUUUGUCAACUCUGCCUCAAAUACAUUGUACAUUGUCCUUGUGAACAAGUUAACUUCAGCUUCAAGUGUUAGUUUACAAUUGGCAGGUGACGUUGGAAAGAGCAAAUCCAUCACCACUUGGACAUUUGUUUCUCCUGGAACUAUUUCAAAGAAUUCUCAAACUCUGACUACUAGCUCAGUUGAUGGUAAGGUAACUGUUUCAUUGGAUGCAAGAAGUGCAAGUUUAUUGGUUGUUCCAUCCUUUAAUGUGAAUAGCAACAAUAAUAACCCACCAGUUGUUGUUGUUUGUUAUGGAAUUUCCAAUACUUCAGCUGCUGUUUGUUCUGGAUUUGGUAAAUGUUUAAAGAAUGAUACAUGUACUUGUGAUGCAUCUCAUUCUGGAGCCAAAUGUGAAAAUACCAUCACUCAACCAAGUCAACCAGUGAUUAUGUGUUAUGGAAUUUCAAAUACUUCAGCUGCUGUCUGUUCUGGAUUUGGUAAAUGUUUAAAGAAUGAUACAUGUACUUGUGAUUCAUCUCACACAGGCUCUAAAUGUGAAAAUACCAUUCCAAUUGUCUGUUAUGGAAUUUUGAGCACAUCACCAAGCGUUUGCUCUGGAUUUGGAACUUGUCUCAAGAAUGAUACCUGCACAUGUGAUUCCAAACAUACUGGUGUAAAGUGUGAAAAUGUGAUUGCUCAACCAGUGAUUGUUUGUUAUGGAAUUUUGAGUAGUUCACCAAGUGUUUGUUCUGGAUUCGGCACCUGUGUCAAAAACAAUACUUGUACAUGUGAUUCAAAGCAUACUGGAGCCAAAUGUGAAACUACCAUUACUCAACCAAGUCAACCAGUUGUUGUUUGUUAUGGAAUUUCAAAUACUUCAGCCACUGUUUGCUCUGGAUUUGGUACUUGUCUCAAGAAUGACACCUGCACAUGUGAUUCCAAACAUACUGGAGCUCAAUGUCAAACCACCAUUGGAAAUAAUGACAAUAAUGGUAACAAUUCAACAAUUCCAACUGGAUCUUUGAAUAGAAAUGCCACUUCUGGUGCUUCUCUAAUGAAUGCAUCAGUCACACCAUUGAUUUUGGUCAUUUUAUGUUUGAUUCCAUUCUUGUUGAGCUUGUUCACACCACAUUUCAAUUUGUAA